CUACGCGGUAACUUGACUUUCUGGCGUGCCAUACUGAUCGAGAUUUUUAGUUGAAUUAACGUGGAAAACAGUGUUUGAAUAAACACUUGAAACGAAAUUUGACUAUUGUCAAAUUUCCUCUGAUCCAAGAUAUCUUGGAUCGAUUAAAGCGGUUCUGGUCAAAGCGUCUUUGGCGCUUACUGGUAAUUUUUCCAGUUUUUCCCAGUUUUAACCCCGUUUUGCACUCAGUUUUUUGCUUUUUUAUUGUGGUCGUUUAACUAUUGCAUACGUGUUAUAAUCACUCUGUUUUCCACUAUGUCGGUCUCGCAAUGCACCGAGGCUGUUGUUCCUGAUGGCUCGGAUUCUGAGGUUAUCGCACUUUGUGGCGGACCAAGCUGCAAUGUACCAGUAACUGACGAUUCAGGCGGUAUGCAAUGCGAUGUCUGCAACCGAUGGUACCAUCAGCUUUGUACGGAGCUAAAUACCGAGCAGUACGCAGCGCUGGCCUCUAGCGAAAAGUUGCUGUUCCGUUGUGCCAAUUGCUGCAGCCGCCGGCAAGGCCGCACAGUCCUUCGUACGAGAGAUGAAUCUCUUGAUACCCGGCUGCGAAAUGUAGAGCGUUCGUUCUCGAUGCUCUCUGAUCUUCGCUCAAAGAUUGAUCUGCUUAUGACGACGCUUCCGGUCUCCAACAAAGCAGAUUUGAUCGCUUACACUGAUGAUCAGCUUGUGGCACCUAUCAUUAUGUCACCGGUCCAGAUGGCUACCGACCACAAAAAUGAAGCAGCUUCGGACGUCGUAUCUAUACCUACGCUGAUCGAUGCCGAAUUGCUGGUUCAAGGGUCACUUCGAGUUAAGCGAAGAAGAGCCAGGAAACCUCGUAAGCUCUCUGCUAAACAAGAAGUUGUCUCGGCACCGGUAACAGGCCAAGUGUCGUUACUUGGCAAACCGUCUGACGGUUGUGCGAAGGCGAAGAUCACAACACGCACUACUUAUCAGCCGAAGUUGCCGGAAAUCUUGGUUCUCACCGAGAAGACAUAUUCUGAAGGUGUGCUUGAUUCUGCUCAAAGCGAAAAAGCCCCACGGGACCCUACUCCUGUUAUCAAGAAGAAAAAGCAGAUAAAAUCUGCUAUAAAGCCUUCCGGUGAAAUCGAUGACCCUAACAAAAGUAAGACAUCGACAAUGGAGCGAAAAACAUACGCUGCCGUUGCUACAUCAUCGGAGGGGCUAAAGACAGUUCCAUUACCAGUAGUGAAGCCACCUGCUCCGAGUGCCGAAUCAAAGACCCGUGGGGUUAAUACACCCCGUCGCGGCGAUUCUUUCACGGAUAGUAGCGUUAUAUUCCGUAACGCGGCUGAAUCUACUGCUGUCCUUCCCGCUGAUCGCAUGUUGGACGACCUUCAAUGGUUUAAAAUGUGCGUAACGAGGCUUCUUCCGCCUGGUUUUCCAGGCGUUACUGUCAGGAAGCUGAUUAGACUGGGGAACGUCCCAGUUAACGUACCAAACCCGCGACCGCGGCUACUUCGUGUGGUACUCUCUACCCCGGAGGAACGCAAUGCUCUCAUGCGGUUUGCGUUUAAGCUGAAAGGUACAAACAUUAGCGUUCAGCCGGACCUUCCGCUAGCCGAUAGGCUGAAGCUAAGGGAGGCCAUCAAGGACCUCAAAAGCAGGCGAGCGGCCGGUGAACAAGGUCUCCGGUUAGUGGGUUUUCGGGUGGUCAGCCGGCGGUCCUUUUCCGCCCUACCAGUGCCAGUACUGGUAGCGCACGACCCAGGUCUGGAUCUAACGAAAAACUUCAGAUAGUGCUAAGUAAUGUGCGCAGCCUAAGGAAUAAGGUGUACGAGUUAGGUCUGCUUGUAGAUGGGUCUCAUCCCGAUAUACUCGCAUUCACUGAAACGUGGCUGUCUCAGGACAUCACGGAUGGUGAAGUACAUCUAUCGGGCUACGCACUAUUUAGAUGCGAUCGCUCUGCUGGCCGACAGGGAGGGGGCGUCGCUCUUUAUGUGAGCUGUAAACUUGACGUUUUGAAGACUUGCCUAUUUCAGUCAGCAGACAAAACUGUUGAAGCUCUGUCGGCUGUUAUUAGCACAUCCUCGGCUCAGGUUACAGUUGUAAUUGUGUAUAGAAGCCCUGGGAGCGUAUCCAAAGAGGUACUUGACUUCAUUCGCUCCCAGUCCGCAAAUAAGUGUUUGGUGAUGGGCGACUUCAACCUCCCAGAGAUUUGUUGGGCAGAUCUUUCUUGCGACUCAGCGUCAGGCACAUUCGGCGCUGAUCUGCUUGAACUUACGCUCCAAGUAUCUUUGCACCAGUUCAUUGACCUCCCCACUAGGUACAUGGACGCCCAAGUACCGUCUAUCUUAGACCUUGUAUUCGCUAAGUCACUCGACUUUGUUGGUGACAUUACUUACGGACCUCCACUGGGUUCCAGUGAUCAUGUUUGUUUGCUCUUCAAUUGUACUCUGUCUAGACGCUACCAGAGUACUGUUGAGUCUCGCCCGAACAUAUGGCAAGCAGACUAUCAAUCAAUGAGAGCCAAGGCUUCUGGUUUCCAUUGUGAGAUCUCAGACGACGAUACUGUCCAGGUUGCCUGGGAUAAAUUUAAGUCCUACCUCACAGAGGUCUCUGCUCCCUUCAUACCAGUCACAAGGAGAAAGGAGGCCCGAGCACAGCCGCCCUGGAUAGAUCCCACUGGCAGGCAUCUGCUCACAAAGAGAUCUAGAUGUUGGCGGACUUACCGAGACGCUCCGUCUACCGAUACUUAUGACAGGUACCGUAAAGCUAGAAAUAGGUGUAAGCAACACCUAAGGGAUGCUCGGCUCACUUUUGAAAAAGGGUUAGCGGACGAAGCUUCAGAGAAUCCAAAAAGAUUCUUCGCUUAUGUCAAAAGACGCUGCGGUUCGAAAAUGUCAAUUCCAGUAUUGAUGCGUGAUGACGGUACUCAUGCGCAUACGGAUUAUGACAAGGCCUGCGUACUCAGUGGGCAAUAUGCGGCAGCGUUUGUAAGGGAAACCUCUUUGACAGGCGUUGAGCUGGUUUGCAGGACUCCAGAGGGUUCAGAACUAUCUGAAUUUAUUGUAGCGGAGACUGCAGUUCGUAGGCUGUUACAAGGGCUGAACCCUUCUAAGGCCUCUGGGCCUGAUUUAAUUCACCCGAAACUGUUGCAUGAGUUGGCUGCGGAACUAAGUGGACCGCUCGCUAUUGUGUUUCAGAAAUCGCUUGACAGUUGUGCAUUGCCUUCCGAAUGGAAGGAAGCUGUCAUCUGUCCCAUCUUCAAACAUGGGGACAGGGGUCUGCCUGCAAAUUACAGGCCAGUUAGUCUGACGAGUGUAGUAAUCAAACUCCUCGAGAAACUGGUGAGAGAUUCAUUAGAGAGUCAUCUGAGUAGAUUUAAUCUACUUAGCAAUGUACAACACGGAUUCCGGAAGGGAUUUUCGUGUCUGACGAAUCUGUUGGUGGCUCGCGAAAAUUGGGCGGAUGCAGUGGAUAACGGCCACACGCUGGACGUGCUUUUCGUCGACUUUUCGAAGGCAUUUGACAAGGUACCCCAUUUGAGGCUCGCGCAAAAGCUGUCCUCCUACGGGGUAUCUGGCCGCGCCCUUCAUUGGGUGACUGCCUUCUUGGAGGGUAGAGAACAAUGUGUACGGGUAGGCCGGGGUCUGUCAUUUAGGCAGUCUGUCCUCAGCGGCGUGCCGCAGGGCUCGGUCCUUGGACCGCUGUUGUUCUCUAUCUAUGUGAACGACCUACCCACGGAGCUUGAGGUACCAUCGCUGCUAUUUGCUGAUGACCUGAAGCUGUGGAACAUUGUUGAUGUUCCUGGGGGUUCCGAAGCUAUUCAGCGAGCAUUGGAUAAGCUUUGGGACUGGUCUACUUUAUGGUUACUGCCCAUAAAUCAGGCAAAGUGCUCCGUUCUUCGAAUUGGAGGAGGUUGUCCUCCUGCGAAGUACUUGGUCGGUGGGGUCGAACUCCCCCGUGUAUCUAGCCAGGUUGACCUAGGCGUCGUACACUCUUCGGCGUUACACUCCGGCGACAACUGGAAGAAGGCCGCAAGCAGAGGUUUACGCAUGUUGUGGUUAAUCCGACGUUCUUUCGGAGUCUUGACGGGCGGCAUCUUUACGAGGCUGUUCUCGGCUUUCGUUCGCCCUCAUCUGGAAUACUGCGUCCAGGCUUGUCCGCCCUGCCUCGUCCGGGACAAAAUGGAGCUAGAGAGGGUUUUACGAGUGGGUACUAGGUUAGUCGAGGGAUUACGGGGACGGACGUACCCCGAGCGUCUACUUAGUUUGGGAAUGCAUUCAAUGCACUACCGAAGGCUUAGAGGAGACCUAAUCCUAACCUACCGUAUCUUGACUGGGAAGGUUGGUCCAGAUUUGUCUUGGCUAUUCAGUCCCGCUAGAUUGUCUGUUCUACGCGGUCAUUCGUUGAAGCUGGACAAACCGCGGUCCGAUCGGAUUAGGGCGGAAAUCCGGCUGUCACGCCGAGUUAUCGACCGCUGGAACAUGCUUCCGGAAAGUGUUAUCAGGGAAUCUACGGUUAAGGGGUUUGAGCGGCAACUUGACGCUCUUGGGUGGCAACACGAAACCUUUCCAUUUUCCUGAGUAACUCACAUCUUCGUACUUCGAUUUUCUUUUCUCUACUUUUCUUCACGUAUUGGUAUUAUUUUCUUAUUUAAGUGCACUUCCCUAUUCUGUACCUUCGAUUUCUCUUCCUAUCCUUUGCUUACUUCACGUGACUGCCACAGCAGGGACUGCUAGGGCAGGAAACGUGGGCAUUAACUGGUUGGCCAGGGUGCGAUACGGGUGUUUCCGUUUUAGAUCCAUCAAUAACUGAGCACUUCAUCAAUUCCUGGCUCAACGAUCCACUCAAGAUGGAACACUCACGGGAUUUUCCUAUCGUUCCAGUCCCCAUCUGAACUGAACUGAACUGAACCAUUUAGCCAGGUGUACCGGAAAACAAAGCCCCUCCAGGCCUAUUU